AUGGUUGCUCUAGUAUCAAACACCAACAUGAUGACAGAGACCUCAGCCGUUGUAGCCUCUGACGGGCCUGAGGAGACCGUCCGCACAUACUUCCCUGAGACCUGGAUCUGGGACCUGGUGCCUGUGGGAGAUACAGUAAAAGUGAACGUUGAGAAGACUGUCCCAGACACCAUCACUAAGUGGGCUGCAGGGGCAUUCUGUACUUCCCCAGUGGGUUUUGGCCUGGCUCCCAACACUGGCCUCACUGCCUUCCAACCCUUCUUUGUGAGUCUGACGCUGCCCUACUCUGUCAUCCGGGGGGAGGUGUUCACACUCAAGGCCACAGUGUUCAACUACCUCUCCAAGUAUAUCAUGUGUAUCAUGUGUAUCAUGUGUAUCAUGUGUAUCAUGGUAAGCCCUCCCAGGGAGGUGAGUUUGAAAGUGAGUGCCGAGGCAUUGAAGACUGAGAAGUUCUGCGGCAGCGAAGUGGCCACGGUCCCAGAAAAAGGACGCAUUGACACAAUUGUGCAAACACUGCUGGUAGAGGCCGAGGGAACCCAGGAGACCGUCAGCCACAACGCCCUGCUCUGCCCUGCAGAAGGCCCAGUGGAGAAGGACAUCUCUCUGAAGCUGCCUGAGGUGUUUGUGGUGGGCUCUGCCAAGGCCUCCCUCUCAGUACUGGGCGACCUGAUGGGUCGGGCCAUGAAGAACCUGGACAGCCUGUUACAGAUGCCCUAUGGCUGUGGAGAGCAGAACAUGGUGCUGUUUGCGCCCAACAUCUACAUCCUCAACUACCUGCAGAGCACCAGGCAGCUCACCAAGGAGAUCCAGACCAGGGCCACAGGCUUCCUAGAGAGUGGCUACCAGAGAGAGCUCAACUACAAGCAUAACGAUGGCUCCUACAGUGCCUUUGGGCAGAGCGAUGAGUCUGGAAACACCUGGCUCACCUCCUUUGUGCUGAAGUCCUUUGGCGGGGCCAAGCCCUACAUCUUUGUGGACCCGCCCUGGUUGGCCAGUCACCAGCAGAAGGAUGGCUGCAUUGCGUCAAUGGGGAAACUCUUCCAUAACGACAUGAAGUGUUGUAUUUGUAUGUGGGUGUGUCAGGACCCCAUGGUGGAGAAGAGUCUGGCGUGUCUGAAGGCAGCAGUGUCUGACCAGCUGGAGAACACCUACACCACAGCCCUGCUGUCCUAUGCAUUCACCCUGGCACAAAACCAGGACAUGAGGGCCAAGCUCAUCACCCACCUGGACAAGAUAUCUGCUACCUCAGGUGGCAAUCGUCACUGGGGGAGAGCAGAGGCUUCGGGGACGAAGACGGACUCUCUAGAGGUGGAGAUGACAUCCUACGUGCUGCUGGCGCUGCUCUCAGGCCCCUCCAUGCCAGGCUUUGGGCUGGACUACUCCACUGGCAUUGUCCGCUGGCUGGCCCAGCAGCAGAACCCCUACGGAGGCUUUGCCUCCACACAGGACACAGUGGUAGCACUGCAGGCCCUGGCCAAGUACGCUACUGCCACCUUCAGUCCAGAGGGCGCCAGUUCAGUCAGUGUGAGCUCGGCCGGAGGCCUGAAGAUGGAGUUCACUGUAAAUCAGAACAACAGGCUGCUCUAUCAGGAGGAGCAGCUGAAGGAGGUCCCUGGGGACUACAACAUCAAGGCACAGGGCAAGAGCUGCGUGUUUGUGCAGAUCGCCAUGCACUACAAUAUUCCCCCUCCUCCUGACUUCUCUGCUUUCAACAUCUCAACACAGACACUGGGGAAAUGCGACGGCACCAAGAAAUCUCUGAUAGUGUCUGUGGAUGUCAGGUACAACGGUCGGCGAGAAGAGACCAACAUGGCGAUCAUCAAUGUCAAGCUUCUCUCCGGCUUCGUGCUGGACAAGUCCUCCCUCAAGCCUUUGAAAAAUGACCCCACUGUCAAACGAGUUGACCUGGAGGAAGGACAUGUCAUCAUCUACCUAGAUGGGAAGAAGGAAACUAAGACGUACAGCCUGGCCAUAGAGGAGGAUGUGCCUGUGAGGAAUCUGAAACCAGCUGUGGUGAAAGUGUAUGACUAUUACCAGACAAGUGAUGAAGCUCCCCAUGUGCAGAGAGGCCCCCUAGCAGCCGGGGGCCAUAAGCAACCGCUUAUGUCGCUUAUGCCUGGAGCCAGCCCUGUGAAGAUGUAGAUGUUCACUGUUUUAUAGAGUAAAAUCCUAGACCAAGCAGGGAAUGUUCUAUUGAUGUUUGACAUUUUUACAUGUGAUGAAAUCAAUGAAGUGUGACAGACAGAGAGCCAAACACAAGCUGACUGGACCUGGGCUCAACCAAGUGCUUUCAUAUGUAGGAAUCCAUGUUUUUAGGCAGAGCUCAUAAAACUUCUCAAUGUAUUUAGUUUGAUGCUUAUACUUCCUGGUAACACAUUAUUGACUAUAUUGACUGACUAACUCGUGAUCUGUUUUUAAUAUUGUAAGUAAACACAAUUUUUUUGGGUCAUUUUAAAAGAUGGGCAGAGAUGGGCCGUAGGAUCUUACAUUUUAACGCAUUAUUAUUUUUUUAUUUUUUUGUGCUAACACGUCACAACCUGCUGUUGUAACCCUGAACCUGCUAUUACUAAAGUGAUUAUGUGAGAUCAUUAUUUCAAAAGUUACAUUUUAGUGUUUAUACUGCGAUGAGACUGCAUCUACUGAAAAUGAAAUAAAUGUUUUAAUAAAACCAUGGCCAUGUUGCUAUGAAUUCAAAC